AUGGCUGGUGAUCCAGACGACAAUGACAUAUACAAAAUAGUCUUGUCUGAUGGCACGUAUAUGCAGUUGACCAUUUUGCCACCUAAGUAUGUUGACUUGUUACAUGCGGAGACAUUGAAGAUAGGUUCUCUCCUUCUGUUGACAAACUAUGCUUGUCGAUACAUUUGGAGCACAAGAUACCUCUUUAAAGAACAAGAAGAACAAAUACUGGGCCGAGAAACCCCGCCAUCCACUAAACGCUCUCUUAAAUUUGGUGCAGAUCUGCCUUCUCCACAAAAUGAUCCCUCUGAAAAUAUCAACCCUAUUAAAAGCUUGGACCCUUUCCAAAACAAUUGGGCAAUAAAAGGUCGAGUCACAAAUAAAAGGAAAAUGCAUCAAUAUAAUAUGGCAAAACGCAAUGGCCAAGCUUUUAGUUUUGAUAUUAUAAACGAAGAGGGUUCUGUAAAAGACGCAAACAUAGUAUACAAUAAGCUUAACAGCCACCUUGAGAUUGUCUUGACUGAAACUUCAGUUUUGAAGCAGUGUACCCCUGAUACUGUUGAGCCAAGUAAAAAAACCCACUUCACCCCUAUUAAUGAAGUUCUGACCACCACCAACAAUACUUUGGUUGAUGUUAUUGGUGCUAUUGUCAAUGUCGGAGAGAUUUCUAUAAUUCGUAGAAAGGAUGGAUCUACUAUAAACAAGAGAAUAGUAAAAAUAAAUGAUAUGUCAACUUUGACAAUUGAUGUUAACCUUUGGGGGCCGCCAUCAGAACAGCUAGGCAAUGACUUGAAGAAUAUGCAUGCAUCUAGAACAUUUGUCAUCCUUGUUGUUCAAAAUGCAAGGGUUGGGUAUUUCAAUGGAAAAGUUAUUAAUAUUUCAACGUCAACAACUUUCAAAAUUAACCCUUCCAUUCCUGAAGCAGACCCCCUCCGUUUAAGAGGCCCUGUCCAAUAA